GCCCCCGGUCACCCAUCAGGCUGGUGUUAGAGCCCAGGUCUCACGAGUCCCAGACCGCUGCCUUAUCUGCCACAUCAUACUGGUACAGCUACAAACCUCUGUGCUAAGGCCAUUUCUGUUCCCAGGUCUGACCCAUGAGAAAGGAGAUGCUCCUUGCGUCCACCCCUGGGCCCAGAUGAAUCUCUUGUCGAUGGCUGUGGUGGCGGAUCCGGAGCUGAAAUGGAUGAGUCUGUGGCUCCGUGUCAGAUGGGCGGCAGUGCUAAUGGUCCUGGUGGGCUCUCUGUUGGUGCUGUUGCUCCCACUGGCUGCCGUAGAAGAGCAGUGUCAGGCAGUGCUCAAAGGACUCUCCUUCCUGAAAAAUAAACUGGGAGUAGGCUAUGUAGGGAUUACCAGGUACACAGGGCAGACAACUGGACUCAGCGUGACUUCAGGUAAAUUAGAGCUGCUGGUGCUGAAAUCCAAACCUUCCCCAGAAGUCAAAUUAGAAGCCAAAGCCGCUUUGAAUCAAGCCCUUGAAAUGAAACGGCAGGGGAAGCGGGAGAAAGCCCAUAAACUCUUCAUGUACGCCCUCAAGAUGGAUCCAGAUUAUGUGGAUGCUCUGAAUGAGUUUGGCAUCUUUUCUGAAGAGGAGAAAGACAUCAUUCAAGCAGACUACUUGUACUCCAAAGCACUGACCAUUUCUCCUUGUCAUGAAAAAGCUCUGAUCAAUCGGGACCGAACUCUGCCCCUGGUUGAAGAGAUAGACCAGAGAUACUUUAGCAUUAUAGACAGCAAAGUUAAAAAAGUGAUGUCAAUCCCCAAAGGCAAUUCAGCCCUGCGGCGAGUGAUGGAAGAGUCCUAUUACCACCAUAUUUAUCACACAGUUGCCAUUGAAGGAAACACAUUAACACUCUCUGAAAUACGGCACAUCAUCGAGACCAGAUAUGCCGUUCCUGGGAAAAGUCUCGUGGAGCAGAAUGAAGUCAUCGGUAUGCAUGCUGCUAUGAAAUACGUAAAUACCACACUGGUAUCCCGAAUAGGCACUGUAACCAUCAGCGACAUUUUGGAGAUACACAGGAGAGUGCUGGGCUAUGUAGACCCAGUGGAAGCUGGGAGGUUUAGGACUACCCAGGUGUUUGUAGGACAUCAUAUCCCACCCCAUCCUCAAGAUGUUGAAAAACAGAUGCAGGAGUUUGUACAGUGGAUCAACUCCGAAGAUGCCAUGAGCUUACACCCUGUGGAAUUUGCUGCCUUAGCCCAUUAUAAACUGGUAUAUAUACACCCAUUUGUAGAUGGCAAUGGAAGGACCUCGCGCCUGUUAAUGAAUCUCAUACUCAUGCAGGCAGGCUAUCCACCCAUCACAAUCCGUAAGGAGCAACGGGCAGAGUAUUAUCAUGUCUUAGAAGCAGCCAAUGAAGGAGAUGUGAGACCUUUCAUACGCUUCAUUGCAAAAUGUACUGAGACCACGUUAGAUAUGCUGCUUAUUGCCACAACUGAAUAUUCAGUGGGUUUACCUGAGGCUGACGGCAGCACUGCUAGAUACAAGCAAACGAUUCCAGUCAAAACGUGACUGUUCUGACGAGCCAACGACUAACUGAAUGUGUGGAGUAAUAAAGCUUCUCAACAUUCCUGUUGAGAAACAACUCCACCAGAGGAGAAAAUCACUUAGCAUUUCAUUUAUUUAAAGAUUAGUAAAUUAAUAUACUUUUUUAUCUCCAUUAUCCUUAUGCCAAGCUAAACUGUGAAGCGUUAGUGUUGAACGUGCACUAGGUCCUGCUUGUGUUACUGGAGGGGAAAGGAGAGAGAAAUCCAAAGUGAGGCCAAUUUGCAAGUGUGAUCCAGGCUGUAGUAAAACUGAUUGAAUUACUUUCUACAAUCCUGUAUGAGAUGGCUUCCUAAAGCCAACAGCUUGUAAUUGCCUCAAUGCCAAGUCUAUCUUAAUUUGUAUCAUACAGGGAAGGCAUGAGCACCCUUUCUAAAAGUCACAAGGUGGGGGCUAGUAUUUUAUUGUAUUGCUACCAUUGUCUUAUUUCGCUUUCCAACAAAACCCCUUCAGCCAGUGUUGUAGCACUUUAUUUAAAAGCUCUUUAGCGGAAUUAUUUUACAAUUGUCCAAAGGCUCAAGAUCGCCUUUCCUCCCUCACCCCACUGUAAUGUGCCAUACUGCUCUCUUGGUAGCUAAUCUACUUUUGUUAAAGGUAACAUCUAAAAUUAGGGCUUUUUUUUUUUUUUUAAACUUUGUAUGUUCCCUCUAUUUGGGUGAGUUUUAUGCAGCAACUGGG